AUGGCAGAAAUCCAACCCCAUGCCGACUUCCUAGUGUCAUGUCAGGAAAACAGGAAAAGAGCAAAGAAUUAUGUUCACUUCUGUUCCCCUUUGGCUCCAGAAGACCCCAAAGCGCGCUUCCCCGGUUUCCGCCAAGGGCUUACCACCUUCAACGCUGGGCAGCAAGUGGAAAAAGGUGCCAAGCCCUUACCGGUUGACAUCCUCAUGCACGAAAGCAUGCCUGUGGUUCUUUCCGAUGGUACUAAACUGUAUUGCGAUAUCUUCUUCCCGGCUGGGUAUGAGAACCUCCAAAUCGUGGAUAAGAACAAGAUGAUCCCCGCUUUAGUUGCCUGGAGUCCAUAUAGCAAGCAGAAGGGCGGAACGCUCUUGGAUGACUUUCCGUUUCGUGCCGGUGUACCCAAACAUUGGCUGUCAGGUCUUCACAAAUGGGAAGGGCCUGAUCCUGGAUUCUGGUGUGCGGAAGGAUACGCAAUUGUCAAUGUUGACACACGUGGCGCUUACACUUCCGAGGGAGAUCUCGAGAUAAUGGGUCAUCAGGAGGCUCAGGAUGGAGCAGAGUUUGUGACUUGGUUAUCUGAGCAGCCUUGGUGUAACGGCAAGGUCGGGCUCACCGGCAACAGUUGGUUAGCCAUGUCUCAGUGGAAGAUCGGAAGUCUGCGGCCGAAAGGCCUGGAAGCUCUCGCGCCGUGGGAGGGAAUACAGGAUUUCUACCGUGAAAACACCUGUCAAGGUGGCAUUCCUUCCGUGGAAUUUCAUAAUUCAGUUGUCGAGACUCUCGCUAGCUACGGGAAGAUGGAGGACCUACCUGCGGUUCUGAAUAAAUAUCCCCUUUACAACGAAUAUUGGGAAGAUAAGAGAGCCAAAUGCGAGCAAAUCAACGUUCCCGCGUACGUGGUCGGCUCAUGGACGAAUCCAGUUCACACCCCGGGAACCAUGAGAGCUUAUCGAUCCAUCCCUGAAUCCGUUCCCAAGUGGCUCCGGGUGCACAACUCGCAAGAAUGGCCAGACUACUACGCAGAUUCCAGCUGCCGUGACCUGAAGCGAUUCUUCGAUUGCUUCCUUAAAGGCCAUGUGGAAAACGGCUGGCUCGACACGCCUAAGAUCCGACUCACCGUUUUGAAUUUCGGUCUGGAUGGCUUGGAUGACACCUUGAAUCGGGCAGAGACUGCUUGGCCACUGGCGCGAACCAAGUAUCAAAAGAUAUAUUUGACACCCGAUGGAAAUAUGAGUCCAUCACCUUCAGCUCAGCCGGGUCAAGUCUCAUAUGACUCCAAAAAUGGAAAGACAACGUUCCGGUAUCACAUACCUCAUGACAUGGAGACUACAGGGUACUUUAUUGCUCGCCUCGCAGUUUCAUGUCUAUCCAGUGAUGAUAUGGACCUGUUUGCUCAGGUUUGCUGUCUUCGCGGACGCUCUGCAUACAAACAGGGCGUUCUCACUAUUCGACCUGACAAUAUGAUGGUGAUCAAGUUGUUGAAGUUGCUGCAUGACUGGCAGGUCGGUCUUCAGGGAGUCGGUAUGUUGUUCCAUUGGGGACCAGCCGGCCAGCUCCGGGUCAGUCAUGCCCAUCAACUGAGUGAACAUGCUACCUCUUUUGAGCCGAUUUAUGCGCAUACCGAGCGCAUUCCAUUGACUGAAGGCGAGGUUCGCGUUGUGGAGAUUCCACUCCGUCCUUAUGGAAUGUAUUGGAGGAAAGAUGACAUUAUGGAGCUUACCAUUGCCGGGAAUCCGGUCAUACCAUUUCCGAUUCCAGGUGUCAAGCCUUUGCAGGGAGCCAAUACUGGAACUCACUUCAUUCAUUGCCUUGAUAGAGGGGAUGAUAGUUCAUGUCUUGUUGUACCAUGUAUUUAG